AUGUCUCCCGGGCAACGCGCCGCGCUCAGCUCAGGGAGUUCCCGCGGGUCUCACUACGCGUCCGCGAGCGUCUGGAUCAUGACCUCCAACCAGGCUCCCAUUCCCGAGUCGUUCUUCAGGGUGGAAGACUCAACGGCACGGCCGGCUAGGCCCUCGGUCACGUGGAACCCGGGCUCGUCCACGGAUUAUGGGACCGCCGCCUCGGCAACCACCAGUUCCGGCGCCACCCCGAGCUUGUUACGGCGCUAUCGCCUCGGUCGUCGCCCAGAAAUCGAUUUGGAAGUUCGUCCGCAGAUCUGCUUCCUGCAGCCACGGACCACGCAGCAGCCGGUGCUCUUCAGUUUAAUGAAUUCCAGUGAAGCAGCGGUGAAAAAACUUUUACCCAAGAGCCAUUUGUCUCAGGUGAUUAUUCGUGACAACCUCAGUGCACAACGAAUCUAUGAGAUGGAGAUAAGAGCUUCAGACAAAACCAAGAAAAAGAUGAGCCACUUGUACGACCAUCUGAAAAAAAAGUUCAUGACAGAUCAGCUCAGAAAGCUGGGGCGCUGGAGACGGGAAUCUAUGAGAAUCCAGCAGUACUUGGAUAGCAUUCGAAUGUACCAGGACCAGUUGAAAUUCCAGUGUCUCAAGAAAAGCCAUCCACCCUAG